ACUAUCACAUCAAUCUGGACUCAACAGUGGAUGUGAAAAAAAGUUUGGAGGUCUGGCUGGAAUCACUUUUCUCCAACUAGUUUGUUUUAUUUCACUUGAGAGGACUUUUAGGUUAAACGUUUGCAUCGGAAAUCGGUGUCCGUUCUGAGUGUUUCCCAGGCUGUGAUUUCUCCAGUUUAUUUUCCCUGCAGGAAUACGGAGAGAGAGGGGGGGAAGAGAGACAGGGAGAGAGAGAGAGAGAGAGAGAGAGAGAGGGGGAAACGGUCUGGCUGCUUGAAGAUUUGUUUCGACACCAAACUUUGGCGACAUGGACGCGCACCGCAGCGCGCCUCCGGUCGGGCAGCAGAUUGUGCACGUCCGCGGGGACUCGCAGACGGAGCUGGAGGCCCUCUUCAGCGCCGUGAUGAACCCCAGCAAGUCGGUCAGACAGCCGUCCUCUCUGCCCAUGAGGAUGAGGAAUCUUCCGGACUCCUUCUUCAGGCAGCCGGAUUCUAGAGGCCACUCCAGACAAGCCAGUUCGGAUGGAGGUGUGUGUGGCUCCCUCACGCCUCAUCAUGUCCGCGCCCAUUCCUCCCCUGCCUCCCUUCCAGUCAACUCACUCUCCACUCAAGCAGCAGAUGUAGCGGCGGCACCAAUCAUACCUGACGACGUGCCACUCCCCCACGGUUGGGAAAUGGCCAAAACGCCUACUGGCCAACGAUACUUCCUUAAUCACCUGGAUAAGACAACUACUUGGCACGACCCUCGACUUUCGCAGCUUCAGUCGGCUGCAGUUCAGCAUCCCAUCUCUGGCACUCCGGUCCACGCCCACUCCCUCAGCAACCCAGCACCCACUACGCAACCACAAAACAUCAACCCAGAGACAGGUCCACUGCCUGAAGGCUGGGAGAAGGCUGUGACUGCAGAUGGAGAGGUGUUCUACAUCGAUCACAUAAAUAAGACUACCGCAUGGGUCGACCCGCGUCUAGCCCAGAAGAUGAACCCUGGCAUCCUCGGCUUGGCACUGCAGCAAAGGCAGGAAAAGGAAAGGCUCAGAUGCAAACAAGGCCUCCCUCCACAAAUCACACAGGAGGCAGGAGGAAGGAACCAGAUGCCUGGUGGGAUGGACCAUGACAGGAACGCACAGACGCUUGUUCCUUCUCUGGAUGUGAGGAUCAGAGCCUCCAACCACGAACCCACACUUAAUGGCGCUCACUCUCGCAACGAGAGCACUGACAGCGGUCUGAGCGUCAGCAGCUUACCCCGCUCAUCGGACCACAUGUUGAGCUCUGUGGAUCACAUGGACACUGGUGACUCCGGCGAGACCUCCUCGAUGACCGUACAGGAGUCCAUGUCUGUGCUCCCGAUGUCUGAGGGUGAGGAGCUAAUGCCUUGCAUCCCCGAGGGUCUCAGUUCAGACCUUCUGAUGGACAUGGAGACCGUUCUCUCCGGGUCGCACAUGGACAGAGACAGCCUGCUCACCUGGCUAUAGACACACUCAGCCACAGCCCCAAAUAUGGUUUGACAUCAAAUCUUCAUGACAAGACUGAGAAUUCUGGAGAAUCAUUGGCUUUAAUAGUGGUACAGAACAACGUUACUGAGAGAAUAUGCUACUGCUGAAUGAUGGAUCCCCAACACUACUCGCACCCUGAGGAAUGAGAAAACCUGACUCUCGCAGAAGGUGGUAAGCUGCUGGCGUUCUAAUCCUUUUGGGCUCAGUUUUACACAGAUGCAUGACAGAGCAUCCAUAUUAUCACAACACUCCUUUCUUUUUCGUCAUUGAACUCAGAUGAUGCUCCUCAUGUCUCUGGUAAAGAGUACAGAUUUACUUUACUAUCCCGACUUGGGUAAUGGCGUUUGCAGCAAUCUUUUAAAAACACAUUGUCAGGUUAAUGAAGUCUGGAUGUAGCAGUUAAAUGAAUGUUCAAACAACAUAGAAGUCGUUUAAAAGAUAUCAUAUCCACAUUGGCCUCUGUUGUCUCAUACAGCUUGUGGCCUAAAAGAACAACAUCUAGUGCGACUACUUCUAAGCAGCCUGUAAUUUGGGACUUUAAUGCUUGUAGUUGUCCAAAACAUAUCGUCUUAAGAAGCAUCAGGACUAAGAGCAAAAGAUGAAUUGAAGAAAUUGUCUGCAUUAGCACUACAUUGGUUGCAUAAAACCCCAAAACUCUGCUCAAAAUAACCAAAGCUAACCACAGCUACGUACCACUGCUACACAGAAACAUCAGGGGUAGAGGACGCACCCUGGUGGAGAGCCAGUAUAAGAUUAAGAACACUAAGAGUUUUCAGUCGAAAUGCUCAGAAGCCAAAAAACAGUAUUAAAACCCUCAUCAGAGUCACUUAUAAGUCUGUGUGGAAUAUCUUUGAAGUUUUUCAUAUUUAAGUUAAGGAGGUUAAGCUUUGUCUUUGGUCACAGUGGAGACUUCUUUCCUAACAAAUGAAAGCCUGUCAAAGCCCUUCACAUUCAGAGAAAAAACUUUGGGUACUAAAACUAAGAUAAAAUGUGUAUUUAAGAACCUUUUUACAGAAAGGAAGGUAAAGAGGAUGUCUACAGUGAAACACUUUCAGUCUAAUGCAAUCCAGCACAAUACAGGGUUUUCCCCAGGAAACUCUAAUCAUGUCACAUCCUGAUCUAUUUAGUGAAUGGACAACUAUAGCCACACUUUUUCUAUUGAGUUUUAUUUCAUAGAAGUGUGUUAAUUACACUACAUUAGCCCAACUCCACGUUAAACACUACAGAAAACCCUGCAACAGCCUUGCUAUGAAAUGGCUCUUUUUGAGGUUACUAAUACCCAGGUUUUGUUAAUAGUGACUUAGUUUUUGUUAUUGGAUUGGAUUGCAUUUUAUUGUUAAGUGUUCCAGUCAUUUUUUCCCCUCCAGCAUUGAAUAUAAGCUUCACAAAGGUAGUAUUUAUUGGAGAUUUGUUUUAUUGGAUUGCAUGAUAUUGUACAGUUGUGAUGUUAUUAUUAUGUCUGCCCAUUGUUUAAGAAGUUAUGCCACAGAGUUGCCAUCAUGGCCUGGACGUUAUCUCUCCCUAGAGUGCAGCAGAGAGUUUAGCUCUCAGCAGCUUCUAAACUGGCCCUGGACCAUAAACGAAAAAUAUUCAAUUUAUUCUUUUUCCCAGUAUUGGCUAAAUACAUUCCAAAUCAUUUUCUUUUCUUCACAUCUUAAACAUAUAUUCAUUCAGUGGCAUCAUAGGUUUGUUUUUCUCACAGAAAGUCAUUCGACCAGUAACCGUCUCAGUCGAGUUUUUAUUCAUUUUAGCUCCUUAACUACAAAUCAUCUUCCCAUUUAUUUCCAAAAUGUUCUUCCUUUCUUAAAAAACACAAUUUAUCAUCACUCUUAGUUGCAAGAGAAAUGUAAAUGUCCAUAAAUACACUACAACAUUACUCUAUUCAGAAUAUUGUACAGCGAAUACAAUCUUUUAUUUUCACCCAUUAAUGGGUAAAAAAGUGAAUAUCACAAAAACAACUCAAAUCCCGUCAAUCUCUUCAUAAUUAUGUACAACACUAACUAAUUUAAAGGUCAUCUGGUAAUUAAUUGCCCAACAGAUUUUCUCUAUUUAAUGGGCACAUAUAAAUUAGAUGCCUGGAACAAUAGAAGAAACACAUUAAAGUUUCUAAAGCAGAUCAACAUGGAUUGCAAAACACUUAGCAGUGAUAUAAAUAUGCAUGAUUUGUUGUAAAUGCACUAAAACAUGCAAAAUCACUGGUAGAAUACUUUUUAAAUAAUCCUGUCGGUGCCAUGAAGGUAUUAGUCUGCUACCACUCUAUAGAGUUAUAAUAUCCUCCGUCUGUGGCUCAAGUUGUCCUCUCUUAAAGAGCUGUUUUGUAAGUGGGAACGAAGAAAAUAUUGUGGAUUUCAUUGGGAGAGUCAGAGGAUAAGUCAAAGAACCCUGUCUUACCUCUUCACAAAACCUUCGCAACCUACUAUUUGUGGAUGCUGUGUUCUUGGCAUAUGGGGAGCUCUUUAAUUCUCCUGUGUUAGUUACACUAUAUAAUACGUAUAUAAUCUGUUUUUAUCUGCUGGGUUGUUUCUGCAGUGUGUUCAUAUUUUAUCUAAAUUUGAAGCUGUUCAUUAUUGGUGAGAGCCUGUCUUCUAACCAGCUUCCUUUUUAUAUAUAUAUACAUAAUUUAGAGGUAAAGACUUUAUUCACAACACCCCCAAAUAAAGUGCCAAGUCACCUGAUCUUUUCUAAAUUAAAGUACCAUGGGCCAUGGGAGCAACUUACUGUUCAUACACACAAUGCAACACACUACCUAGCCUUUUAUUUAUCUUAGCAUGCAUGACACUUGCUAUGUAUGUUACAUUAUAAUGAUGUUUAUUAUCCUAUUUACAGAGUUUGGAGGCAAUCAGACUUGUUUUUAUUUUUUACCAUUGUAUGCAUGUGCUUUAUAUAAAUAUAUUUCUUCUUACUCUCACUGUAAUCAUUUUAAAGGAGUUUCUGUUUAAUAAAAAUUCAAAUACACCUGGCAAA